AUGUCAGCCCCAGCCCAGUUGGGAAAUCAAUUCAUGGACCUCCCAGUUGAGAUCCAUGAGAUUAUUCUGGAUCAUGUCUUUGGCAAAAGAGCCUCUGCUGGUAAUCAUUCAUCAUAUGGUAAAACUUCUGCCCAGAACUGGAGUAAGGCCCUGCAUCAUCCACGGCGGAAGGCCCUUUCCAACCUGGCCUUGACUUGCCGGGUAUGGACUGGACUUGUUCAAAGCCGAAUCUACCGCCAUAUCAGAAUCAAGGGCAGCAGAGAAGAAUUGGCCAGCUGUGUGCGGUGGUUCAAGAGAAACCAGCAUUUGAUUACUUACGUCUGCCACAUUGAGAUUUGGAUGCCUAUCUGGGGAGAUCGGGCUCUUCAGCCUGACAUUUCUCGCUUGAAUGCGGAGCAACAUACUGCUCAGGCAGCCGCUGGGCGCGUUGUAUCGAUGCAAUUGAACCAUGAUCAUCAGGGAAAUGACAUGUUUUAUUAUCACCGCGUGACGAACAAUGCUUCCUUGGAGGAAAUUUUUGAGCUGAUUCGACGAUUUUUCCCUACUGCCCGAGUUCUCACCCUGGAGGGUGGCCACUGCAAAAACCCGCCUAUGAUCCGACACUUCCGCCACAGUCGUGGCAUGUACAGUCUGCAAGCUCUCAUUCCACGGCGUCUACCUGUUCUUGAACACAUACAGACAUUUAUAAUGCGUGGCGCCUGGAACCUGAUGCGACAACUAGACGACUGGCACAAUAUUUCGCGGGCAUUGCCAGCUUUGAGUGAAUGGCAGUGUGCUUGGGCUCAACCCCAUCUGAAUGCGUACUUCAUCAUGAUCAACAUCUUCACUCGCCCUCCAGCUACAAUCCGACACAUCAAUCUCAGCCUGGAGGGAUUUGACACCAAAAAUACUUUGCUGACUGGGCUUUCUGGACCUCGAAGCUCACUUCCUCCCAUCUGCAGCCUGCUUGGCGAGAGAGCCGCGCACUUGGAAUCUUUUGCCUACACCGGUCGUGUAUGCUGGUACUUCUUUGAGACACUAAAGCAAGGGGCUACAGCAUUCAAUUCUUGUUCUCCGCUCAGGUACUUGGACCUUGUAGUCAAGGCGUGCUGUCAGAAGGCGGACAAAUCGCAUCACUGGUCGCAGAUGAGCCUGGGGAUAAGCAAAAUUACGAGCCUUGCGUUUAUUCGUGCGUUCGAGGCAAUGGUGGUCAAGGCAAUCGAGUGUCUAUCUGUACUCCCUGCCCUGGAGUAUUUGCGGAUCCGUUUCAUCGAUCUUGACUCAAGAUGUCCACCUCUGAACCCUUAUUUCCAGCUUGAUAAUAAUAAGUGCACAGGCCUGUGGAGUGAAGACAUUCUGGAAUCUUUGCGCAGAAACCGACCAUCGGCCUCAUUUAUCGCGCUUACAGAUGGACUAGCCGCGGAGUACAGUGACCAUCAAAUUGUGGGCGCCUUGAUGCCCCGGGCUCGCCCCCUGGGCAUCCAAGUGAACACGUACAGUCUUCUUGCGGACAGCUCCAACUCUCACUAG